AUGGGUGUUCAACGUGGUGGUCAGGCCAAGGCUGGCUCCUCCAGUCCUAUCAACCCUCUCGUGCAGGAGUUUGGACCACUUCAUGUUCUCGACGACUUGAUCCGGUUACGAGCCUCUGAUGCAGUUCAACAUCCGAUUCUGGCCUAUCCUCGUGUGGAGUGUGAUGCGGGCUCGUUUGACUAUUAUACGGGGCAGGACUUGGAUGAUAUGAUCAACCAGGCGGCGACCACUCUGAUGGAUGAUGGCUUCCAGCCGGUGUUGAAAGAGGGAUCUAUCGUUGCUCUCCUCACCACAUCCGACAUCAACAUGGUCGUCGCAUUCUUUGCCCUAAGUCGACUGGGAUAUACUGUCAUGAUGCUUUCCCCGAGACUGUCGGGCGAGGCUUGUGUGGAAUUACUGGACGCAGUAGGGUGUCAUUCCGUCAUUUACGGCAAAUCGUCCAGUAUUCGCAACACGCUGGGUGAGAUCCUGCAACGAAGACUUGUGAGUUGUCGUCCCAUGCUCGUGUGCUCGGGGGAGAGUAUAUCAGAGUCAUCGUUUCUAGUCUUGAAGCGCAACCGUAAUCCGGACAAGAUUGCGAUCAUUCUUCAUUCUUCGGGGUCCACGGGCACUCCAAAACCACUCUUCCUCACGCAUCGAGCGUUGAUGACCCAUCCACUACGCGGCCCGGGACUCACUUCGUUUAAUCCUCUUCCCUGGUAUCAUCUUCACGGGUUAUCCACUGCAUUGCAGACAAUGUGGAUGCGCAAGAUUGCCUACAUGUGGAACGCCGCCCUUCCAUUGACAGCUGAUCUUUUGGUGAUUGCUCUGGAGGAAGCAGAACCAGAGUCCAUCGCCGCAGUUCCGUAUAUGCUUCAACUGUUGGUCGACGACACUCGAGGAAUCGUGGCCCUCCAGCGUUGCAAGCUCGUCACUUAUGGAGGUGCUCCGUGUCCAGAUGAAUUGGGAGAUCGGCUGGUCAGGGAGGGUGUCCAUUUCGGAGGAUCCUUUGGCUUGACAGAAGCCGGACUUGUUGCCGAAUCAAUCUCACGGCCGAAUGGAGAUCCUCACUGGAACUAUCUACGGUUUUUUGACAACAUUGCUUCUUAUAUCUGGAUGAAACCUAUAUCGCAAACAGAGUCCCUUUAUGAGUGUGUCUAUCUGACUGGUCAUCCAGCCUUAACGGCCUCGAACUCCGAUGAACCACCAGGGUCAUUCCAUUCCAAGGACGUAUUCACUCCUCAUCCAACGAUUGCAAAUCGCUGGAAGUAUAUCUCGAGGUUAGAUGAUCGCAUCAACCUCAUCAAUGGUGAAAAGGUCCUGCCGCUUCCUAUCGAAGGCCGCAUCAAACAGCAUCCACUCGUUCAUGAUGCUGUUGUGGUCGGACUGGGAAAGUCGGCUCCUGGUCUUUUGAUCUUGCGAACCUCUGGGCCUGAAACGGACCGUCUUUCGGACGAGAAAUAUCUCCGUAAAAUCUGGCCAACUAUUCAAGAGGCCAACUCGCAUGCUGAAGCUUUCUCUCGAAUAUCCCGUGAUUUAGUUGCUGUCUUGCCUUCUGAUGCGAAGUUUCCGCGAACCGACAAAGGAUCCAUGAUCCGGGCCAAAGUUUAUCAGCAGUACCAAGAUCUCAUUGAAAGCCUUUACGUCAGGGAGAAACAGAUGGAGGGAGACCUCGAGUUAGAUGUCGCCGGAACAGAGUCUCUUCUCCUCGAAAUGGCUCGGGAAGAGCUUGGAAUCUCAAUGUCAAGACCAACCGCCAACUUUUUCUCUGAAGGAGUUGAUAGUCUAAAAGCAAUUCACUUUCGACGGCUUAUUCUUCAGCGCUUCAAAUUUCAAGACAGUCACAGUCUCACUCAGAAUGUCAUUUUUGAUGCAGGGAAUAUGUCACGGUUGGCUCAACAUAUUUGCGCUUUGCAAGCAGGAGACAUGGUUACGAGCAACAAUAAUGCGAUACAGACAAUGACAGACCUGGUUCAGAAAUACUCCGUAUUCCAACGACAUCAGCCUCGAGAACGGGGGUAUCCGGAUACCACGAGUGUGCUUUUAACAGGAGCAACCGGUUCAAUCGGUGCGCAUAUAUUGUUUGAGCUCCUCCAUGAUGAUUCUGUGUCCACAAUCUAUUGCCUUACAAGGCGCUCAUCGUCGCUCGAGGCAAUCAUCAACACGCUGGUGGAAAAGGAUCUAGAUGUCAGCCCGGAGCAGAUGACAAAGAUCAUCGCACUGAACAGCUCUCUUGAUGAGUCCAAUUUCGGUCUUGGCUUGAAAGCAGACAUGUUCGAACAUAUGCUUGACUCGGUCUCUCUGAUAAUUCACACUGCAUGGCCCGUCAACUUCAAUCUCCCUCUGUCGCAAUUCGAACCGCAUAUUCGGGGACUCUAUAACCUGAUUCAGUUCUCACUCUCCGUUCAUAGAUGGGAGCCUGCCGUAGUAAUGUUCUGCUCCUCUGUCUCAACUGCACUUGGCUCACCAUCCGAUGAGAUACCAGAGGAGCCAAUUGCAUUGGAUCAUGCGUUCAUGGGCUACGGACAGUCCAAGCUUGUUGGAGAGCAUAUCGUGAGCAAUGCACGCCUGAGUGGUGCAAGAGCAUAUUCACUUCGGAUCGGACAGGUCUCGGGUCACACCAAGAAAGGCCUUUGGAAUGACUCCGAGGCUCUCCCGCUAAUGGUUCGCUCGGCCCUCACCAUCAAAGUGCUACCAGUACUAGAUCAGGAAUGUUCCUGGCUCCCGGUGGACAGGCUUGCCUGCAGCAUUCUUGAGUUAGCAAAGACCUGCUCUUCGCAAACCAAAAUUGAAGACACCCAGGAAUCGGGUUCAUCUCUCGCAAAGAGCGAUGACUCUAUUUACAAUGUGUGCAAUUCGCGCGCAUUCCCUUGGAAAUCCUUACUAGACACUCUUAAGAUGAAUGGGUUUGAGUUUGAGGCACUGCCUUUCGAGGAGUGGUUGCAUAAGCUUCGUGAGAGUGAGGCCAGGGGUGAAGAGCACGCCAAUCCAGCGGUCAAGCUGAUUCACCACUAUGAGCAAAUGCAUCGAAUGAGAUCAUCUGCUGAUGCAAGUACAUGCAAGAGGUACAACACGGACAAGGCUGAGAGAGAUAGCUUGACGCUGCGAAAUGGGCGAUUGAGAAUUGUUGAUGAUGGAAUUCUCAACUGCUAUGCCCAGGACUGGUUGACAAGGUGGAAAUAG